AUGGAUUUCGAUGACCUAGACGUUCCACAGAAUGAAACACAGAGCAAUCCUGCUCUUAUUGCAACUGAUGGACAUGAUCGAAUGGAUUGGAAUAAAAUUAUUCGACGAAUUGGCCCUGAUAGUAUAAUAAAACCAACAGCAUGUCAACUUCCAAAAAUUCCUAGAUAUAAUGCCAGUAAAAUAAUUGUUGCUGGAAUUGGAUCACAAAGAUUGAGUGUCGAUGAAUUAGAUAAGCCCAUCAGUAUAGCAUUGGACAGUACGAGUAAUCUCUAUGUGUUAGAUUCAGGAAACAGUCGUGUUUUAAAAUAUUAUGCUAAUUCAAAACAUGCAGAAGUUGUUAAUGGACAAGCACAGGGAGGUAAUCUACAGAUAUGGUUAGCACCAACAUAUAAAGAGUCAAUAUUUAAAAGAGUAUUUGGUGAACCAGAUAUUUCUGGAUCUUUACCAAUGGGAGCAUCUGAUAUUUAUAUUGAUUUCAAUAUGAAUUUGUUUGCAACUGAUCUUAAAGAUAAUCGAGUACGAAAAGUAUCAAAAGAUGAACAAGGUGGAGAAACAAUAUUCAAGACAAAAGUGCCUACAUUUGGAAUUUUUGGUGAUUGUUAUGGCAAUCUAUAUGCACUUGACACUGAAUCCUCAUUAAGAAUUUAUAAUGCAUUUGGAGAAGAAAUUAGUAUUAUGCAAAAUGCAAUCGAUAAUCCAUAUAAUUCUGACGAAUGGGAACGUAUUUAUAUGGGUUUUAAACCUGCAUAUGACGCUCUAGAAAAUUUCGGGAGUUUAGCUGUGGAUCAAAAAAAUGGUGAUCUGUAUGUAGUUAUGUAUGGCUACAACAGAGUGCAAAAGUUCACUUUAAUCUAA